AUGUUUUCAGCUACUUUUUUCAGGAACACACGACCAAGUUUUACUCUUUUACGUCAUAAAAUAACGCAACCUCGCUUCACCUCUUUUUCUAAUCUCCGCUAUUCAGCUCUUAAUUUUGGCUCAAGCUCUAAUCGCAAUAAAGUUACUGCUGUAAAUUCUCAGCAGCCAGUGAUUUCACCUAGCGAUGUAUUUCUUCAAGGCAGUGCGGCAGGUUACAUUGAAGAAUUGUACGAAGCCUGGCUUAAAGAUCCUACAUCCGUUCACUUGUCCUGGCAAGUGUACUUUAAAAAUAUUCAAGCUGGCGUGAAUCCACGUUAUGCCUAUCAACCUCCUCCGACACUUGUACCAAAUGGAAUGUCCAUUUCGGUAUCACCAGGCACUUAUGGAAUAAAUGAUCAUAUGAAGGUACAACUUUUAGUAAGAGCUUAUCAAGUUCGUGGGCAUCAUCUUGCAAAAUUAGAUCCUCUAGGCAUUUUGAAUGCUGAUUCUGAGUUUCCAAAAGAACUUGAUCCAAUUCAUUAUGGCUUUACUGAAGGAGAUCUUAAUAGGCAAUUUUCAUUGGGUCCUGGAAUAUUACCUCAAUUUGCAAAGACUGGUGAAAAAAAGACCCUUAAAGAGAUUGUUGAAUAUUGUGGUCCGAUUGGUAUCGAAUAUAUUCAUAUUCCUUAUCGAGUUCAGUGCGAUUGGAUUCGUACUCGAGUAGAAAUUCCAGUACCAUAUAGUUAUACAACGGAAGAAAAACGCAUGAUUCUUGACAGAUUAAUAUGGUCAGAUUCAUUCGAAAAAUUUAUAGCUUUAAAAUACCCGACUGAAAAAAGAUUUGGUUUGGAAGGAUGUGAAAUUUUGAUUCCUGGCAUGAAAGCUUUGAUUGAUAGAUCUGUUGAUCUUGGGAUAGAAUCUAUUGUGCUUGGAAUGCCUCAUCGUGGUCGAUUAAAUGUACUUAGUAAUGUAGUUAGAAAACCGAAUGAGUCCAUAUUUUGUGAAUUCGGAGGGUCUGCAAAUUCUGCAGAUGAAGGUUCUGGUGAUGUCAAAUAUCAUUUAGGUAUGAAUUAUGACAGACCAACGCCAUCUGGAAGACGCGUACACCUUUCUCUUGCUGCUAAUCCCUCCCACUUAGAAGCUGUGAAUCCUGUUGUAUUGGGCAAAGUUCGUGCUCUUCAACAUUACACAGGUGACGAAAAAGAACGCCAUCGUUCCAUGGCAGUGUUACUUCAUGGAGAUGCUGCAUUUGCGGCACAAGGCAUAGUGUAUGAAACAAUAGGCUUCCACGAUUUGCCAUAUUAUACAACUGGUGGUACAAUCCAUAUAGUUGUCAACAAUCAAAUUGGAUUUACUACUGAUCCUCGGUUUGCACGUUCAACACCAUAUUGUACUGAUAUAGCGAAGGUAGUCAAUGCGCCUAUUUUUCAUGUGAAUGGGGAUGAUGCUGAGGCUGUAACUUUUGUGUGUCAAUUAGCAUCUGAAUGGAGACAAACUUUCAAAAAAGAUAAUGUAUAA